CCGGAAACUGAGCGGUUUACUUCCGCCACCAGCCGGAAGUCUCCUGCCACUGAACGCCAAGGAGUUUCCAGGGGCUCAGCUGUGUAACCGGGGCUUCCCUAUGGCGGCUUCCUUGGUGGGGAAGAAGAUCGUGUUUGUCACGGGGAACGCCAAGAAACUAGAGGAGGUCAUUCAGAUUCUAGGAGAUAAAUUUCCAUGCACUUUGGUGGCACAGAAAAUUGACCUGCCAGAGUACCAGGGGGAGCCGGAUGAGAUUUCCAUACAGAAAUGUCAGGAGGCAGCUCGCCAGGUACAGGGACCCGUGCUGGUUGAGGACACCUGUCUGUGUUUCAAUGCCCUUGGAGGGCUCCCUGGCCCCUACAUAAAGUGGUUUCUGGAGAAGUUAAAGCCUGAAGGUCUCCACCAGCUCCUGGCUGGGUUCGAGGACAAGUCAGCCUACGCGCUCUGCACAUUUGCAUUCAGCACCGGGGACCCGAGCCAGCCUGUGCGCCUGUUCAGGGGCCGGACCUUGGGCCAGAUCGUGGCACCCAGAGGCUGUCGGGACUUUGGCUGGGACCCCUGCUUUCAGCCUGAUGGAUAUGAGCAGACGUAUGCAGAGAUGCCUAAGGCAGAGAAGAACGCCAUCUCACAUCGCUUCCGGGCCCUGCUGGAACUGCAGGAGUACUUUGGCAGCUCGACUUCUGUGGCUGGAGGUGCCUCCGGCUGGGGAUCUGGGGAGGGCUAGCCUGAAACCUACGUCCUUCAGGAUUUCUACUUCCUGGGAGUGUUGAGUAGCCUCACCAGCCUGUCUGGAGGAGCAGCUGGCUCUGCUCUGAGAAACUUUGGGCAACUGGACGCCAUUCUCUUGCUCUUAGGGAAUUGGUGCUGUCUCCUGCAGCCUCCAGGCCUGGGAUCCUGAAAGGACCUUGGGUGGUAAAGCUGGACUUGGUGGAGUGAGGGUUUGGAGAAGAACCAUGCAAAUCACCUCUGCUGUUUUUUAAAUGUAGCAAAUCACAUUUCUGGGUGAGACUUGUUUCCAGAAUAAACCAGCUAUAUCUGUUUUGAA